AUGGCGACUGGCACACCAGAUUCACAAGCGCGAUUCGGUCAGUCAGUGAAAGGGCUUCUCACCGAGAAGGUGAACACCUGCGGUACUGACGUGAUCGCGCUUACCAAGCAAGUGCUGAAGGGCUCCCGGAGCUCCGAGCUGCUAGGUCAGGCAGCUCGAAACAUGGUACUACAGGAAGAUGCCAUCUUGCACUCAGAAGAUAGUUUAAGGAAAAUGGCAAUAAUAACCACACAUCUUCAAUACCAGCAAGAAGCUAUUCAGAAGAAUGUUGAGCAGUCAUCAGAUCUACAGGACCAGUUGACUCACCUGUUGAAAUAG